CCGGUCAGUAUGCUCUUUCCAACAAUCCAUUAGGUCAACCGCAUAUAAUAUAUCAUUCCCCAAUCAGUAUCACGGGAAUUGAUUGGCUACCGAAUACCGGGAUGCGAUCGUGGCCAUCUAGAGUUUAGCCUUAGGAAAAUGAUCGACGGAUAUUACGGGCGAGGGUAGGCGCGUUUGUACGACCAACAUGAGUAAUUAGCACUUAGCACAAAGAAUCCAAUCCGCUUGUUUUUCUUUUUUUUUUUCUGCGACGUCGGCGAAUAUUCAAACAUCAAGCAUUUGCUUUCCUUUCAUUUCGUCUUUUCCCAUGUGGCCUUUUUAAAAACACAGCCAUCCUCUUUGCGUUCUCUCUCGUACGUGCGUACCUACUUCAAUUCAGGGUACGGGUUGUCUCAGAAGGCUGCAUAUUUGCGCCGUGUUCUUGCACUGCAUUUUAUCCCCAUUGGAAGACCAUGUCUAACGAGAAGAUGGCCUCCACUCUGGAGGCGGACGAGGCUGCUGUUCCGCGAAGCGACGGCUCCGAGUCUCAAGUUGCCGGCCCUGUCGAGUGUUACACGCACGAACAGGAGGCCCGCGUGGUCCGCAAGCUGGAUUGGAAUCUGAUGACGCUCUUCUUCGUUUUAUACAUGCUGGCGUUCCUGGACCGGGGAAACAUAGGAAACGCUAAGAUUGCGGGCAUGGCCAAGGACCUCCAGCUUGACGGCAACCGGUAUCAGUGGCUACUCAAUAUCUUCUACAUCACUUACGUCCUUUUCGAAUUCGGCGUGCUACUAUGGAAGAUUUUCCCUCCUCAUAUCGUCGGCGCAUGCGUCGUAUUCUUAUGGGGUUUCAUCGCCACGGUGCAAGCUGGUGUCCACGGUUGGAACGGUGAGAUGGCUUUGAGGUUCUUUCUUGGCGCCUUUGAAGCUUGGUAUGCACCUGGUAUCAUCUACCUCCUAUCGUUCUUCUAUCUUCGACAUGAGAUUGGUUUCCGAUGCGGUAUCUUUGCUUCAGCAGCUCCAUUGGCUUCGACUUUUGCAGGUGCUCUGGCAUAUGGUAUCACCAGCGGACACUCUCGUCUAGCCAACUGGCGCCUACUUUUCCUAGUAGAGGGGAUACCAACCAUGCUCAUGGCUGUAUUUGCCUUCUUUUUCAUCCCCGAUUCCCCCGAGAAGGCCAGGUUCCUCUCUCCAGAAGACAAAGAGAUUGUCAGAGCCAGGGCCAUGCGCCAGGUCGGCACUAACGCAAACGCUAGAAUUGGAGGGUUCAAACUUAAAGAACUCGUCCCCGUCUUCAUCGAUGUGAAGGCAUGGCUAUGCGGGCUGAUGUAUUUCUGUGGCAACGUCACAUACUCCAGCUUACCCGUUUUUCUCCCAACCAUUCUCGAGGAUAUGGGCUACACUGCUAUUGAUGCCCAAGGAUUGUCCGCACCCCCAUCUUUUGCGGCUUUCUUGUUUGCCUUGAUCACAACCUGGAUUGCAGAUAAGACCCAACAGCGAUGUCUUGUCAUUGCUGUCACCUCGAUUGUGGGUGGAGUUGGCUACAUCGUCCUUGCCACUGUUGAGACGGUUGGUGUUCGCUACUUUGCCACCUUCUUGGCUUCAGCUGGUGUAUUUUCUACCAUCCCCAAUAUUCUCGGGUUGACCCUAAACAACCAAGGUAGCGAUACCCGACGAGGAGGUUCUAUUGUUCUCAUCAACCUAAUCGGCCAGUGUGGUGCGUUUUUAGGAAACAAUAUUUUCCCCACGAGGCAGGCCCCCAGAUAUGUUGAGGGUAUGGCGAUCUGCGCCGCCCUCAUGUUCUUCUCUGCUCUUCUCGCGUUUUCCCAACGCCUACUCCUGAUGUGGGAGAACUCUAGGCUUGACCGCAAGUACGGCCAUGUCUCUAACAGAAUGAACGACAAGUCAAAGGAUGCGGCCCAAGAAAACUACGGUCCGACUUUCAGAUAUGUCCUUUGAGGUACUGCAACACAACCCCCUUUUACAUGCUAAAAACAGGAUUUAUACCCCUUUCCCCCUUCCCAUUGUUCAUGAAUCGGAUAAUGUUUAAACAGGCAAAAGGCUAGUGAGCAUUAUGAAUUUAGAAUAAAAUGGAGCUAGUAAUAAAAUGAAUGACAAAAGAAGUCAUAAUGAACCUAAUUGUCCUCGGACAAACUUCCUUAGAAUUAUGAGACUGAAUAG